AUGGGGCGCGGCCUGAUCCUGCUGGGGAUGCUGCUGGUGGCGCUGGGGCCACCCCUGGGGGUCCUCGGAUCAGAGAGGAGACUCCGCACGCCCCCCACCCAUUUCCUGUACCAGCAGAAGUGCGAGUGCAGCUUCGCCAACGGGACCGGAGGGGAGGUGUGCUACCUGGAGAGGUACUUCUAUGGCCGGCAGGAGUUUGUGCGCUUCGACAGCCGCCGCGGCUGGUUCGAGGCCGUCACCGAGCUGGGCGAGCCCAUCACCCAAAACUGGAACAGCCAGAAGGACUUGAUGGACUACGAGCGGGCCCAGGUGAACACCCUCUGCCGCUACAACUACGGGGUGAUGGAGACAGGGCAGAUGGUGGGCAGGACAGUUGAGCCCCUGGUGAAGAUCUCCCCCACCAAGGGAGACCCCCUGGCCCACCACACCCUCCUGAUCUGCACCGCGGCAGGAUAUUAUCCCCCCGGGAUUGACAUCAAGUGGCUGAAGAACGGGCAGGAGCAGACCCAGGGGGUGGGAUACGAUGAUGAGGUCCAGAACGCAGACUGGACCUACCAGUACCAGGUGAUGCUGGAGAUGGUGCCUCAGCGGGGAGACGUCUACGCCUGCCAGGUGGAGCACAAAAGUGUGAAGGAACCCAUCUCCGUGCAGUGGGAGCCACAGACGUCGGACUCUGCCAAGAGCAAGGUGUGGACGGGGGCCGUGGGGGCCGUCCUGGGGCUGGUCUUUGUGGCCGUGGGGCUUUAUCUGUACCUGAAGAGCAGGAAAGGUGAGGGGCUGGAGGGGAGG